UCACAGCAGCACUGAACUCACAUAACUCAACCACACAACACAUCCUAUCCUGAUAUUGUGACUAUACCUCCAAUUAUUACAUCCAGAGAAUUACUAACAAUGCAUUUCUACAAGACGCAAAAACCCACAAUUGCUACAUUUUUCAUCCUUCUCCUAUCAAUGUUGAAUCAGUUGCCAGGAGUUGAAGGCUGGUCGUACCAUUCCUCAAAUUCUAAAAUGACUUGGACAAAAGCCCGUGAAUGGUGUCAGAGUCACUACACAGACAUGGUGGCAAUUCAAAACCAUGCCGAAAUUGAAUACCUCAAUGAAAUAUUUCCCUGGGUAGCAGGGUACUAUUGGAUUGGUAUUCGCAAAAUUGACAAUGUCUGGACCUGGGUCGGAACCAAAAAACAUCUGACAACAGAGGCUGAGAACUGGGCCAAAGGGGAACCUAAUAACGGACGCAGCGAUGAGGACUGUGUGGAAAUCUACAUUCGGAGAGACGAAGACAGUGGCAAGUGGAAUGAUGAGUCCUGCAUGAAGGAGAAGACGGCACUGUGUUACACUGCAUCCUGUAAGAACGACUCCUGUAGUUAUCAUGGAGAGUGUGUUGAGACCAUCAACAACCACAGCUGUAACUGUUUAGAGGGUUAUUACGGAGACAAGUGUGAACAUGUUGUUAAAUGCGAAGCAAAGGAAAUCUCUGCUCCUGAGCAUGGCAGCGUUCAAUGCCACCACCCUAAUGGAGAUUUCUCAUACAAUUCCGAAUGUGAGUAUUCCUGUGAUGAAGGCUACAACUUAGUUGGUGCGAAAACAACACAGUGUGGUGGCACUAAAGCAUGGUCCAACAAACCCCCAACCUGUGAGCUAGCCCAGUGCUUCAGUCUAAAUGAGAUUCUUCAUGGAACCAUACAGUGCAAUCAUCCAAUUAACUCCUUCAGCUAUCAGUCCUCCUGUGAGUUUAGCUGUGAAGAAGGGUACAAACUAACAGGUUCCAGCUACAGCUUGCUGAUGUGUAACGCCUCUGGACAGUGGAAUGACUCACAGCCCACCUGUGAAGCAGUCCGCUGUCCGACUCUUGAGAAGCCAGUGGAUGGUGAAAUGAUCUGCAGUGGUGAUAGUUAUGGGAGCAGCUGCACGUUCAGCUGUAACGUUGGGUUUCGCCUGCAGGGCAUGUCAGAGCUCACGUGCACAAAAACUGCUCAGUGGAACCAGGAGACACCAACCUGUAAAGUUGUUGAGUGCCCUGCGCUCCAGACUCCACAGAAUGGCAUUGUGUCCUGUACAGACCCGACUCUCAGUAAAGGCUCUAUAUGCAGCUUUACCUGUAGUGAGGGCUUCAACCUGGAGGGUGCAUUGAGCACAGAGUGCACAGAGGCAGGAGAAUGGAGCACUAACAUCCCCAGCUGCACAGCAGUCCGCUGUCCGACUCUUGAGAAGCCAGUGGAUGGUGAAAUGAUCUGCAGUGGUGAUAGUUAUGGGAGCAGCUGCACGUUCAGCUGUAACGUUGGGUUUCGCCUGCAGGGCACGUCAGAGCUCACGUGCACAAAAACUGCUCAGUGGAACCAGGAGACACCAACCUGUAAAGUUGUUGAGUGCCCUGCGCUCCAGACUCCACAGAAUGGCAUUGUGUCCUGCACAGACCCGACUCUCAGUAAAGGCUCUAUAUGCAGCUUUACCUGUAGUGAGGGCUUCAACCUGGAGGGUGCAUUGAGCACAGAGUGCACAGAGGCAGGAGAAUGGAGCACUAACAUCCCCAGCUGCACAGUUGUUGAGUGCCCUGCGCUCCAGACUCCACAGAAUGGCAUUGUGUCCUGUACAGACCCGACUCUCAGUAAAGGCUCUAUAUGCAACUUUACCUGUAGUGAGGGCUUCAACCUGGAGGGUGCAUUGAGCACAGAGUGCACAGAGGCAGGAGAAUGGAGCACUAACAUCCCCAGCUGCACAGCAGUCCGCUGUCCGACUCUUGAGAAGCCAGUGGAUGGUGAAAUGAUCUGCAGUGGUGAUAGUUAUGGGAGCAGCUGCACGUUCAGCUGUAACGUUGGGUUUCGCCUGCUGGGCACGUCAGAGCUCACGUGCACAAAAACUGCUCAGUGGAACCAGGAGACACCAACCUGUAAAGUUGUUGAGUGCCCUGCGCUCCAGACUCCACAGAAUGGCAUUGUGUCCUGUACAGACCCGACUCUCAGUAAAGGCUCUAUAUGCAGCUUUACCUGUAGUGAGGGCUUCAACCUGGAGGGUGUAUUGAGCACAGAGUGCACAGAGGCAGGAGAAUGGAGCACUAACAUCCCCAGCUGCACAGAAGUGAGAUGUCCUGACCUCCAGAAGCCAAACAAUGGCUUCAUCAACUGUUCCUCCGAGCCUCUCUUCAACACUACCUGUUCCUUUAGCUGUCUUGAUGACUACCAGGUUCAUGGUCACGAGAUGGUAUUGUGCAGCCUCAAUGGCAACUGGACUGGAGAGGUGCCUGAGUGUAAAGCUCAUCCUGUGUCCUUCAGCCCAUCUUUGGUAUCUGGCCUGACCAUAGGUUUAGGAGGCACCACUGCAAUUUCCUGCUUUGCUUUUGUUUUAUGGAUAUUAAAGAGACUCAGAAAUUUGAAAGCUAAGAAGUUUGACCUCAGUGAUUCAGACAUUGAUGUGCCAACCCAGGUCUACAAAAGUAGCACUGACAAUCUCAUUCCUCUUGUGCCCAGGCUUUACAGGACCAGCACUGGAGCCAUGACCCGGAGAAGCUUUCCAAAGCACACAAUGCAGUGUGGACGGAUGGACACAGGUGAAAAAGUUGUGUCCUUAGCAGAGGAUGAUGGCUCAGGCUCAGGCUUGGACACCACACAUGGUGUGACAGGGGAUGAUGCUCUAAGUGGCAUGGAGGAUGCCACCGUUGCCACAUUGGGUGAUGGAGUUGUAGAGGAAUAUGGAACCUCUGUGACUCAGGAAGCAUUAGAGUAUAUCAUGGCUGGAGGCCUGGUGUUACUCGUGAGACUUUAUGCACAAACACAUCUUUUGCUGUCCUUAAGUUUAACAUCUGUUUUUGUCAUGAGCUGGACCUACACAUAUUCCAGAGAGACGAUGACCUGGUCCGACGCCAAAGCAUGGUGUGAAAAUCGAUCCAGCUGGCUGAUGGUUAUUCCAAAUGAAAAACACAACAACUACCUUAAAGAUAAUCUCCCACAGCAGACUACAGGCUAUUAUUGGAUUGGACUCAGAAAGACUAAGAACAUUUGGACUUGGCAGGGGACAGCACAGGUAUUGGAGGAUGGUGGAUCCUGGGCUAAAAAUGAACCAAAUAACAAAAAGGAAGAUGAGGACUGUGUAGAAAUGUACAUUAAUAAUGGGAAACAAAAUGGCAAGUGGAAUGAUGAAAAAUGCACCAAAUUGAAGCAUGCCUUGUGUUAUGACGCAUCAUGUUCUGAGACGUCAUGCAGCAGGAAUGGUGAAUGUGUGGAGGAAAUCAACAACUACACAUGCAAGUGUAAUCCAGGGUUCACUGGUCAUAUGUGUAUGGAUGCUGUGACCUGUAAUUCGCCUGUGAGACCUCAGAAGGGUAACCUGACCUGCAUUGGUCCAGUGGGAAAUUUCUCGUUCACUUCAUCGUGUGCUGUGAGCUGUGAGGAAGGAUACACACUGAGAGGAGAGAACACACUCACCUGCCUCAAGACCGGCAACUGGUCAGCAGAAACACCAUCAUGUGAAGUUAUAAGGUGCAACGCUCUCGGUUCUGUUCGUCGUGGCUCCAUGCAUUGUACAGACUUGUUGGAAAAGUUCGCUUAUGGCUCCGUUUGUCAGUUUGAGUGUGAUGUUGGCUUUCUCUUGAUGGGUUCAAACCACACCCAGUGUAGCUCAGAGGGGAAGUGGACCCACAAUCCUCCAGUGUGUCAAGUGGUACAGUGUCCUCGUCUACCUGCUCAAUUCGGUAAUGUGAAAAUGAACUGCAUUUAUCCGCUCUCCAACAACAGCUACAACUCCACCUGUGUGUUUAACUGUGAUGAGGGAUAUAAGCUCAUAGGUUCCUAUAAAACUCAGUGUGAUCACACUGGACAGUGGACACCCAAUCGCCCCACUUGCAAAGCUGUUACCUGUGACCAGAUUGUGACCCCCACAAAUAGUCACAUGACCUGCAUUGAUCCACUGGGAAAUUUCUCAUUUCGUUCAUCGUGUGCUGUGAGCUGUGAGGAAGGAUACACACUGAGAGGAGAGAACACACUCACCUGCCUGAAGACCGGCAAAUGGUCAGCAGACACACCAUCAUGUGAAGUUAUAAGGUGCAACGCUCUCGGUUCUCUUCAUCGUGGCUCCAUGCAUUGUACAGACUUGUUGGAAAAGUUCGCUUAUGGCUCCGUUUGUCAGUUUGAGUGUGAUGUUGGCUUUCUCUUGAUGGGUUCAAACCACACCCAGUGUAGCUCAGAGGGGAAGUGGACCCACAAUCCUCCAGUGUGUCAAGUGGUACAGUGUCCUCGUCUACCUGCUCAAUUCGGUAAUGGGAAAAUGAACUGCAUUUAUCCGCUCUCCAACAACAGCUACAACUCCACCUGUGUGUUUAACUGUGAUGAGGGAUAUAAGCUCAUAGGUUCCUAUAAAACUCAGUGUGAUCACACUGGACAGUGGACACCCAAUCGCCCCACUUGCAAAGCUGUUACCUGUGACCAGAUAGUGACCCCCACAAAUAGUCAUAUGACCUGCAUUGGUCCACUGGGAAAUUUCUCAUUUCGUUCAUCGUGUUCUGUGAGCUGUGAGGAAGGAUACACACUGAAAGGAGAGAACACACUCACCUGCCUGAAGACCGGCAAAUGGUCAGCAGACACACCAUCAUGUGAAGCUGUUACAUGUGACCAGAUUGUGAUCCCAGUAAAUAGUCAGAUGACCUGCAUUGAUCCACUGGGAAAUUUCUCGUUCACUUCAUUGUGUGCUGUGAGCUGUGAGGAAGGAUACACACUGAGAGGAGAGAACACACUCACCUGCCUCAAGACCGGCAAAUGGUCAGCAGAAACACCAUCAUGUGAAGCUGUUACAUGUGACCAGAUUGUGAUCCCAGUAAAUAGUCAGAUGACCUGCAUUGAUCCAGUGGGAAAUUUCUCGUACCGUUCAUCAUGUGCUGUGAGCUGUGAGGAAGGAUACACACUGAGAGGAGAGAACACACUCACCUGCCUCAAGACCGGCAAAUGGUCAGCAGACACACCAUCAUGUGAAGCUGUUACAUGUGACCAGAUUGUGAUCCCAGUAAAUAGUCAGAUGACCUGCAUUGAUCCACUGGGAAAUUUCUCGUUCACUUCAUCGUGUGCUGUGAGCUGUGAGGAAGGAUACACACUGAGAGGAGAGAACACACUCACCUGCCUCAAGACCGGCAAAUGGUCAGCAGACACACCAUCAUGUGAAGCUCGACAGUGCCCUUUGCUGUCCAGUCCAGAGAAAGGCUGGAUGAAUUGUUCUUACCCUCCCUCCCCCUUCAGUUAUGGCUCACACUGUAGUUUUGGAUGUGAGAUUGGCUACAUGCUGAGAGGGGAAUCUCAGCUGGACUGCACUUCAGCUGGAACCUGGAAUCAAGAGAAACCUUCUUGUCAAGUUGUUCGGUGUGAAUCCCUCCUCCCGGCCCCUCGUUCAAAAUCGGAUACCAAUCCUGUCCCUUUUAUAAACUGUUCCCAUCCAAGAGGCAACUUCAGCUUUGGCUCCGUUUGUGUGUUCAGAUGUCCCGAAGGCUACAUUCUGAAUGGAACUACUGACCUCAUCUGCACUUCUACUGGGGUGUGGACUGAUCUGCUGCCUACCUGCAUCAUUCAGAGCAUGACAUUAGGCACUGGCCUUCUUGUAUAUGGUGCAAUCGGUGCAGCAUCAGCACUCGGCCUGCUUCUGACGAUGGGAGUUGUCAUGCGGCUAAUGCGGCAUUUCAGCAAGGGUAAAUUUACUCCGGAUUACUCAGCCUGGGAUGGAGCUCUAAAUCCAGUAUUUGAAGGAAAUGAACCACUUUAAGGGAAGCAUGCAAUACUUUAUUAUAUACUUGGACAAGAGAUAAUAAUUUCUGUAAUUCUGAUCGAAUGCUUUGAUGGUUUAUAUUCAUGAGAAUCUGAAAUUUUAAUAAAGGAGCAGUAUUUUGAACCAA